AUGGCGCAGCCAUGGAGUGGGUCUCCUGGGGUGCACGAUGAAGCGUUGAGUGCGGUCUUUGCCGAGACCGAGGUCUUCUUAACAGAGCUCGCAAAGCUUUGGCGGCGUCCGGAGCUUUCUCCUGAGGAUGCAACCAAUCGUGCCAAUGGUGUGCGGACGAAGCUAGGUCCCAUCUUGGAGAGUGAGCGCAACUGGCUCCAGAAAAACCGCGACAAGCUGGACAAGGCCUUGGAGGAGGCGUCCAAACUCGCUGCAGAUGUCGGCGAGGCACCUCCGGUGAAGCAGGAGAAUACCCCACUUUCUGAGCAGCGUGCUGGCGUGAAAGCGACCAUCGAGCGCUUGGAAAAAGCAAAGAAGCGGCAGGGGACAGAGAUUCAAGAGCUUCGCGCCAAAGUGGCCAAAGAGUGCAAGCGAUUGAACCUGGAGGAAUCAGACUAUGCAGUGGAUCCUUCUCUGACCGGGGGGCCAGCAGUCAAGGCCUUGAAGAUGCAGCUUCAGCGGCUGGACGAAGUGAUGCGCGAGCGUGUUGAUGCCGUGCUUGCUGCCCGAGGGCGCAUCCGAGACCUCUCCAGCUCUCUCGGGGAGGCUCUCGAGUUCCGCCUGGCCUUCGACGGCGAGCUGCCGGGCAGCGAAGGGGGUGUUGUUGUUCUGCCAAAGACGGCAGAGAACGAAAAGUUCGUGAACGACAUGGCCGAAUUCAAGGAGUCCUCUACAAAGGACGUGGCCAUGUUUACGCGGUGCUCGAGCCACUUGAAAGAGCUCGAACAAGCGUACUUAGACGAGCUCGGCCGCCGCAAGCCCCAAAAGAAGGUGAGGUCCAUCAGUUCUGACUCUGCCUCACGCUCCAAGUCGCGCCCAAAGAAGAAGAAGAAAAAGGAGAAGGAGGCGAAGGAAGAUCGAAAGAAGGCUAAGAAAGCAAAGGAGAGCCGUGCACAGAGCCCCAGGCCUGAGCACCGACCCGAACAUGAGCCUGGCAAUGGCGAGGCAGCGCCGGUUUCACCAGGACAGGCAUGGAAGCCUGAAUCGAAGGAAGCAAAAACCGAUCACCCUUGGAACGAGGCUCCAGCUCCAGGGCCUUGGACUCCAAGCGGAAUGCCGCCCCCUGGACCUCCUCCAGCAUAUCCCCAAGCCCAAGCUCCCUGGCAGCCACCCCAAGGAGCAGCUCCGGGUCCUCCUCCAGCAUAUGCCUACAGCCACCCACCGCCUCGCCCCGGGCCCCACGCUCACACUCCUCACGCACCGCCCCAUGCCCCACCCCAUCAUCCGCCACCACCCGGCUAUCCGUCUUAUCCACCGCCGCCUGGGUACUUCCCACCCAGGCAUGAGGCAUGGCCUCCACCGCACCUGGCUUACCCAAAGCCAGCUCCUGCGCCGCCUCCUCACUACGGUGCUCCACCGGGCAUGCCACCGCAGCCCAUGGCGCCCAGCAAUGAUUCUGAUUACCGCCACUGGGCGAAGUCCGCGGCACCCGUGCCAGAGGCUCCGGCACCGUACCCUCCUCCCAACUUCACUGCGCCCGCACCAGCUCCAGCGCAUGCCGCCCCACCUGCAUAUGGUUAUGCACCCCCUGCAGCCGGAGGUCCUCCAACAAACUGGUGUGGCAGCCCAGCUUCAGAGAGUCUUGGAUCCGGCAGAAAGCGGCUUUUGCAUGCAACAUGA